GCUGUCAAGUUAUUCUAAAAAAGAAAAUUAGAAGUAAUGAGCGUGGAUGCGUUGGGAAGCCCCGUGAUGGACCCUGCGUUUUCCAAGCGGAGCACGGCGCUGAGAUUAGUUGACUUGGCAGGGGCUCACCACCAUCACCAUCAUCAUCACCACCAUACCCCUCAGAGCGUGACAGGCUUCCCGGGGUUCGGCGGGCACGCACACUCAAUGGCUCACUCGCACCCUGGGGAGAUCACGGCGGAACCCCGCCUGGGGCCGAGUCCAUUCGGGCCAGAACCCAUGGGGCACUCGGCGGCCCUCAAAAUCAGCCCAGCCCAUCAUUAUCCCCACCAUCACCACCACCAUCACAAUCAUCAAAUCGCAGGCCACGCUGAAGUGGUCUCCAGUCCAACGGGAGCUUUCGGCCCGGUGCAGGCGGCAGCGGCGACGGUCCCGUACUCCAUGUCUCACGCGGCCCAGGCGCUAUCUGCAGGUAGAGAUUUCCUCCUUCGCCGAGAUCUGACAGCUCAAAGCGCCAUGCCCGCACUGACCGAGCAGACCUCUGGUUCCGCCUCUCACCACGGAAUGUUUGUCUCGACCACAGGUGGCUACCCCGGACACUAUGGCCAUCUUCACCCGGACGCCGGAGCGCACGCGCUCUUCCCUGGACUACAUCAUGAACAGUCGUCCAACGGAGCUCCGGGUGGCCAAGCCCUGAACGGACAAAUACGGCUAGGCUUACCGGGCGACAUGUACGUCAGGACCGAUCACUUAAGUCAAGUUGCAAGUACCACUAGGUCGGAUCCGUUUUCAACCACCUCGCCUUUGCACGGUCUCAAUCUGAACAUGAACCUUAGCAGCCACCAUCACCACCACCACCAUCACGGACACGGUGCCUUUUUUCGAUAUAUGAGACAACCGAUCAAGCAGGAGCUCAUCUGCAAGUGGUUCGAGCCAGAAAACUCAGCCAAGAAACUCUGCUCCAAAACUUACAGCACCAUGCACGAGCUGGUGACGCAUGUGACCGUCGAGCAUGUCGGAGGACCCGAGCAGGCAAAUCACGUUUGUUUCUGGGAAGAGUGUCCGAGAGAGGGCAAACCAUUUAAAGCCAAAUAUAAGCUUGUCAACCAUAUCAGAGUGCACACCGGAGAGAAACCAUUUCCAUGCCCGUUUCCUGGCUGUGGAAAAGUCUUUGCACGAUCAGAAAACCUUAAGAUUCACAAGAGGACGCACACAGGCGAAAAGCCAUUCAAGUGCGAAUUCGACGGCUGUGACAGACGCUUUGCCAACAGCAGCGACCGGAAGAAGCACUCGCACGUUCACACCAGCGACAAGCCGUACAACUGCAAAGUGCGAGGCUGCGACAAGUCGUACACGCACCCAAGUUCUCUGCGCAAACACAUGAAAGUGCACUGCAAGUCGCCCCCUCCUCCGAGCUCGGGCUACGAAUCCUCCACACCGUCUCUCGUAUCCCCGACGUCUGAUCAGGGUAGAGACGCUCUCCCGGGCUCGCAGGCCGCAAAUCUGAGCGAGUGGUACGUGUGUCAAAGUUCGGGUCAGGGCGGCAUUCAUACUCCGCCCAGCAGCUCGUCCACCCCGGAACCUUCAGAGGCCCUGUCAUUCCAGAACUCCUGA